AUGACCUUUUUGGGCCUCGUUGUGGGGGUAUUAAUUCUACUUUACGCAAUCUGGCCUGACAGACAGAAACUCGUCCCCGGUAUUCUAGUCGUAGGUGGAAAUGACAGACGAAGCAUCAAGGCAAACCGUGAGCGGUUCCGCCAAAACGCGAAGGAGAUGCUGGAAGAAGGGUAUAGACGCUCCAAGGGCGACUUCUUCUACGUUCCCAGCCCACUAGGAGAACGGCUCAUGAUUCCUUCCAAAUACUUAGAAGAGCUCAAGACAGCCCCCAUUGACCAAGUAGACUUUGUUGCUACGUUCAUUGAGAUGUUCGAGGGCAAGUACACCACUAUGGGAAGUCGGUCGACAUUGCAUCCUCGUGUUGUCAAAGCGCAAUUGAAUCAUCAUCUCGGCGACGUAAUGCCGGCAGUGCAAAGGGAAAUAAUCGAUGCGUUCAAAGACACAUUUUCUACGUGUGAAGAUUGGACGCCUGUUCCUGUCGUACACACCUUGACCCAAAUCGUUGCAAGAGUCCCGAGCUGUAUGUUUGGUGGCAGCACUCUAUCUCACAAUCGUGAAUGGGUGCAGUCAUCUAUAGACUUUGCCAUUGACGGCUUCAUUGGCGCUCAGAAGUUGAAAAGGUAUCCCGAGUUCUUGAAACCAUUGGCAGCUCGUUUUAUUCCAGAGAUUGCCAAGAUUGCGGGUCAUUACGCUGCUGCAGAAGCUGCAGCUAUCCCUUUGCUCGAAAGUCGUCUUCGAACUGGAGAUAACGCUCAAGAUCUCUUGUACUGGAUGGCCGAGCAGGCGAAAGGGGAAGAGCGCGACAUGGCAUUCUUGGCAAGCAUUCUCCUGAAAGUUAGCUUCGCUGCGAUACACACAAGUGCAGCUGCACCUGCGCAGCUCAUUUAUGACUUGUGUGAACGUCCUGAAAAUAUUGAGAUAUUACGGGAGGAAGUUGAGAGUCUUACUGACAGCAAUGAUUUGGUAACAAAAUCUGGCUUCCUAAAGAUGGUGAAAAUGGACAGUUUCAUGAAAGAGAGCCAAAGGUUCAAUCCUCUCCUUCUUAUCACAUUUGAAAGAGUGGUUCAUCAGUCGUUUACACUAUCCUCGGGGUUCACAAUUCCGGCUCACACCACAAUUGGGAUUCCAACGCAAGCUAUAACGAUGGAUGAAUCCUUUUAUCCGGACCCCGAAACUUUUGACGCGUUUCGUUUUGCCAGGAUGAGGGAAGAGCGCUCAGACAUGGAGGGUCGUGCACAA